GAAAUUUCCUUGUAUUUAAUAACUGACAUUUGCUUACGUGUAACUACCGAACUCAACAUAAGUUAUAAGCUAGAUCUAGAUUUCUAUAUCUAGAUUCUACAUAGUGUAGAAUCUAGUUUAGUUCUAAAUCUCGAACUUAUUAGCAUGACCAUGCAGUCUCUACUGGUAGUUGUUGUGUGUUUAGCUGUUGCAUUAACUUCAGCCAAACCUGUUAGGAGAGGUCCACCUCCACCUCAGCCGGUUGAAGAAGGUUCACCAGAUGAUAAAUCAACAGGGUUAGCCUAUGACAGUUACCUAAGGCAAGUUGUUGAAGUUCUAGAAAGUGAUCCAGGUUUUAGGAAAAAGCUUGAAACUGCUAAUGUUUCAGAUAUUAAGAGUGGCAAAAUAGCAAUGUAUUUAGAGAUGGUCAAUCACACAAUUCGCACUACCUUAGAUGAGAUCAAACGACGUGAAAUAACCAGGUUGCAGGAGUUGGCACGGCUGCAAUUACAGGGCAUAUCUGGUACGGAAGUGAUUAUGAAUGCAAUUUAUGGAGAUCCAAGAGGGCUUAGAAACUUUGAAAUUCCAACCCAUUUAGAUAUUAAGAAUCCUCAUAGUUUUGAGAUGAAAGAUUUAGAGAACCUCAUUAAAAAGACUACAACAGAUCUUGAAGAGUUAGACAAAAAGAGGCGUGAGGAGUUUAAAGAAUAUGAGAUGGAAAAAGAAUUUGAAAAAAAAGAACACCUGAAGGAAUUAGAUGAACAAGCAAGAAAAAAAGAAGAAGAACGACUUGAGGAAUUAAAGAAAAAACAUGCCGAACAUCCCAAAGUAAACCACCCAGGUAGCAAAGAUCAAUUUGAAGAAGUUUGGGAUAAAGUUGAUCAUCUUGAAGAUCAGGAUUUUAACCCUAGAACAUUUUUUUUCAAGCAUGAUAUCAAUGGUGACAUGGAAUGGAGUAUUGAUGAAGUAGAUGCAGUUUUACAGCUUGAGCUUGAUAAAGUGUAUGAUUCUAAAAACUCACCAGACGAGGAUGACCCCAUAGAGAGACAAGAAGAAAUGAACAGAAUGAGAGAACAUGUUUUUAAAGAGAUUGAUAAGGACAAAAACUUUAGAAUCACAUUGCAGGAAUUUAUAGAUUAUACAGGUUCACUAGGAGAGAAUGAAAAGUUUAAGGAAGAUGAAGGGUGGAAGACUGUUGAUGAAGAACCAGUUUUCUCUGAAGAAGAUUACCAGAGGUUUUUAAGGGAGCAUCAUGCCCAGCCCGGUGUUAUACAGCCUCCUCAGGAUUUACAGUUUCAGCCUGAACAGCAUCAUGAACAGAACCAACAAUUUCAGCAGCAGCAGUUUCAACAACAGCAGUUUCAGCAGCAACAGCAGCAGUUUCAACAACAGCAGCAGCAGUUCCAACACCAACCAGGGCAACCACCAGCCAGUCACCAACAAGCAGGGCAACCACCCUCAGAUCACCAGCAACCAGGGCAGCCUCCUGCAGGUCAAGCUCCAUCACAACAGCAGCCAGUUGAUCAAAAGUUAAGUGAACAGGAACUCCAGCAAAAAAUUUUAGAACUCCAGAAUCAACUUAAUCAACAAAAACAUCCUCCAGUUUAAUUAGUGAUGUUGGAAUAUUUGGAUGAUGACUACCUGAGGAUAUUCUGCAGAAUCAGCACAUCUAAAACAAAAGAUUGAAUGUUGAAAGCUUUGAUGUUUCUGGUUUUUUUUUUAAAUUGUAUUUUCUCUUUUCUGUCUGAAUCAUUGUGAAAUAGUAUAGCUAGAAGUUCCUACUUUAUAUUUCUUUUUAUAAAAUGCUGAAAUAUAACUUUUGAACCUAGAUACAAUCUGUUUUUUUUUUUAAAUGUUUUUUUUCCCCGACUGCAUUUAUUAAUUCAUUAUGAACUUUUGUGUCAGAUCUCCCUAGUCCUUCUAAAUAGAUGAAAAUAUUCCUUUCUAAAACAACAGUUACCAUGACAUGUAAUAUUAUUUUUUUAUGAUCACGGUAGAUUUUUUUUUAUCCUGAAAACUCUUCUGUUAAAAAGAAUAAUUUUAUAUCGCGUGUAAAGAUCUUUAUAAAGUGUAUUUUCAGAAAUUUUGUUUUACAUACAGUAGUUUUAGGAAUAUAACUGCCUUUAUAGUAUUCAUAAGUUGUUUUUUUAAAUUACUAUGGUGAUGCUUUAAUUUUUUAUUACUGACUGAUAUGCUGAUAUCAAAACUAAACUACCAUUAAACUUUAUUCAAUCAAAACAUUGUGUAUAAAGUAAAAUGUAUUUAAAAUUAGUCAUUGAAAAAAUUCUGUAUUUAUGUUUUAUGCAGUAGUUUUAUGUGCAUUAAAAAAUAGGAUAACGUAGUGAAUAUGCAUUUUGUUACUUUCUCGUGAUAAAAUUUUAUGUGAAUGAAAUACUGUUUAAAGUAAUCUAUACUGCCCAGUUGUAAAUUUUUUUUUUUUAUUUUUGUUAUGGCAGUGGUGAUGGAUAACUCAAAUUAUUUGUACAAGUGUAUUUUUUUUCUGCUAAAAGGUGAAUGUAAACUGAAAAUUCAUUGGCAAAGAUAUUUAAUAUAUAAGUAAAAAGGCUACAGCCUGAAUAAAUGUUUAAAUAUAGAGUAAAACUGACCUCUAAGAACUGCCCCAAAAUGGAGAACAGUAGGGGCUAGUUUUGGUUGCUUUUCUUUUGUGUUUAACAUUUUUAGUUUUGACUAAAAUAAUCUUUUGGUAUUAAUGGACUGUAAUUCUGAAAGUCAUCGAGAUUUUGUAGUCUUAUUUUAAAACCCUUUAUCAUAGUAAACUGAGAUUACUGUAAACAGCACCCAGAAUACUAAAUAAAAAUAACUUUUUGUUACUAGUAAUUUAAACUAGAAUUUGUCGCUAGUCUUGAAAUCUUAAAUCAUUCCAUGGGAGUCAAUUUGACUGGUCAGUUUCAAAUUUUUCCUUUAAUUAGCAUUUUUAUAUUACUUGAUCUGCAAAUGUCAUGUUUCCUAAACAAUUUUAAAUAGGAAAUCAAUAUAAAGCUAAUUGCCUUGAUUUUAGUAAACUAUUUUGUUUGUCCAGCUUUGUUUUAGAAGUCUAGUCCUGUACUUAUUGAUGAGAUUCUUGUAAUACUUUUACUUUUUAGGCCUUUAUUUUACUUUUCAAAAUUUGAUCCCUGAAAUUAUAGGCAAUUGCUUAUUUUAAAAAUGUAUUUGCACUCUUAAAAAUGUUACCUUUAGUUUGAAAACCUCCAACUUCAUUGCAUGCGUUAUUUAUUGUGUAAAGUGGAAUUAUUGACAAUAAAAAUUGUUUUGAAAUUUG